AACUUUAAAUUUGCAUAAAUUCCUACUUGAGAAUGGAGUCUUAUUGAAUUUCGGAGAUGAUGAUACUGCGAAUCUACAGAAACUCGUAGAGAAGUUCUAUAAACCCGCAUUCAGCAACUAUUACACAGACAUGACUUAUCGCGACGCGAUCAUACGUGUUGAAGAUGUUUGCCAUAAGAGACAUAUGCAUGCUUACUAUCAUACAAGAAUGGACGAAGAUCAAUUUUGA